GGCUCGCCUCCAGGAACUUUGUUUCCUGGAGGGGGUCAGCGGUCGGCUUCUGCUUUUCCUCUGCUCCUGGAGAUUGUGUUGCCAGGGGGUCAGGGGAGGUGUGUUUAUGGAGAGAGGGAGGUGGUGUCUUCUUCCCGUUUGGAGGGUAGCGACGGGACCGGAGGAGGGAGGGGGGAGAGAGCCGGAGUCGACCGGCGUCGCUCGGGCUCUUCCCGCGAAGCCGCCUGACCGCCCGCACGGAGGACAGCGCAGGCUGCUCGAGUAUCCCUGUCCCUCUGAUGCAAGCCGUGGGCCGGGCAGCUGUGAUCGGGUGCCCUGCCGCAGGAUGGAGGCGCUGUUGGACCAGUGGCUAUGGCGUCACGAGUACUGGCUGCCCCCCGGCAUCACCUGGAGGGACAUGGAGAUGAGCGAGGGGGUGCGCUACCCCCUUCCCCUGGACCUCCUCCUGAGCCUGCCGCUGGCCCUGGGGUUCAUCGGACUGCGCGUCGUCUUCGAGAGGCUAGUGGCUUUUCCUCUGAGCAGAGCGCUGGGAGUGAAGGACAAGAUCCGGGUUCCAGUGUCUCCGAUUCCUGGCCUGGAGGGCUUUUAUAAGCAGCAGAAACGCCAACCGUCCCAGAGUGACCUGACCAGCCUGGCCAAGCAGUGUGACCUCCCCCAGCGGCACAUCGAGGCCUGGUUCCGUCGCCGUAGAAACCAAGACCGGCCCAGCAACACCAAGAAGUUCUGUGAGGCGUGCUGGAGAUUCACCUUCUACCUGCUCGCGUUUGGGGCAGGCCUGGCGGUUCUGAUAGAUAAACCCUGGUUUUGGGAUCAGACACACUGUUGGAUUGGUUACCCCCAACAACCCUUGCUGAAUUGCCAUUACUGGUACUACAUGAUUGAGCUGGGCUUCUACUGGUCUCUACUCCUCUGCAUCUCUGUGGAUGUCAAAAGGAAAGAUUUUAAGGAGCAGGUAAUCCACCACAUCGCGACCAUCUUCCUGAUCAGCUUCUCCUACUGCGCCAACUACAUCCGCGUAGGAGCUCUGGUGAUGCUGGUCCACGACUCCUCCGACUUCCUCCUGGAGUCCGCCAAGAUGUUUAACUACGCAAACUGGAAAAAGACCUGCGACACCCUGUUUGUCAUUUUUGCGGUGGUAUUUCUGGUCUCUCGACUUGUGGUGUUCCCCUGCAAAGUGAUCCACACUACUCUCUUCCUGUCCAUGGAGGUCUUCCAGCCUUUCUUCGGCUACUACUUCUUCAACUUCCUCCUGCUGGUGCUGCAGGCGCUCCACGUCUUCUGGGCCUGGCUCAUCCUGCGCAUGGUCUACAAGUUCGUCUUCCUCGGCAAGGUGGAACGAGACGAGCGCAGCGAUGAGGAGGAGGAGAGCGGCGACGACGGCCGCGAGGAAGGAGGGGCGCGGGAGGGGGACGAGAGGUGGUGGGAGGAGAGGAGGGGAGCCCUCGACUCCAAGCUGACGGCGCUGGCCGACAGCUGUGUCCUCAACAACCUGACCAAUCAGAGGAGCAGCCCAGCCAGCAGAAUGCCUAAAGCCCGAUAGCGCUGAGGCCCUCACCUGGUGGGAGGCUGAACCUAUUCUGUAAUUAGACAAAUGGGUAUUUUAGUUGAUUUUGAAAUUCUUUAGACAAAUGGGUAUUUUAGCUGAUUUUGUUUUUUUAAAAAGGAUUUUACCCUGUUGUUCUCCUUAUACAUGCACAUGAGGUGGUCUGUUCAUAAUUUCAGAUUAUUUAGUCUGAUAUACUAACAGAAAUUGUAGGUUUCCUGGCAGUUCUUUACUAACGGAGGUCAUCUCUGAUAUCGUAUAAGGAAGGUUCAACAAGGAUUCAAAGACCAUACUGGCUGAUUGUUUUCUGUUUUUCUUUAGAAAGCACUCAAUACAGAAAUAUUUUUGCAUUGUUUGGGUUGGGUUUAGGUUAUUGUUGGGUUGAGGUGGCCGUUUUGUUAAGUUUUGUAUUUUGUUUAAAAAAGAUUAAUGAAAGAUGUGAAAAAAAAAGUUUUUGGCAGCUGAACAAAUUAGAAACCAUGAACACAGCUAAGAUUGUGAAUACCUGAAAGGAAUUUCAUAGAUGAAGUAGUCAACAAUGACUGAAGGAAAAGACAGUGUACUAUGUGCUGAUUAAUAUGACUAAAAAGAUAAAUCUGUAUAUUUAUACUGCUUGUGUUCUAAAAGAUUUUCUAAGUAGGUUAUUUUUACAUGCCUGUGAACACAUCUGUGAAGUCCACCAUCUUUGAACACAGAAAAGCUUUCUAUUUAAUAUUAGAAGAAAAUAUAAAGUUUGCAAACAUGUGUAAGGCUACCUCAUGGUAAAAGUAGAGGUAUAAUAGUCUGUUGUUUCCACCACCUUUUUAUAACAUUUAGAAAAUGACUUUCAAGUUGAUUUCAUUUUAGGGAUCAAUCUAACGUCUUUAAUUAGGCAAUUGGUUUAGCUCAAGGCUCAGUGUGUGUUUGGGGUUCAUGAGUAGAUGACCUUUUUUAAAUGGCUGAGAGCUAUUUCAGAACUUCAUCAAAUGAGGUAAACAUAGAUGAUUUGUAUAGCUCUAUUAAUGGACAUGCUCUUAGAACAAAACUCAAAUAGCUCAUCUUGUUUUUUUCCUCCUGUGUGAUCCAAUAUCACUUCAGGGCUGAUCAGGUCAUACCCCACUCCCCCUAGUGAAGUUCCAGGCAUAUUGCAUCACCACUGUCCCCUGCCAAUAUGAAGCAGUGUUACUUCAUUGAGGACUGGGGUACUAUGCUGAAUUCAUAGACGACAUAGCCUAGCAAACCACAGAUGCAAACAACAGAUAUUUUAACCUCUCUUCUCUAGUAAUGAAACAUGCUUUGUUGUUGCGACCAAGUAUAGAAGCACAUUCAUGACCUUUGGCAACCCCUCACAAAUCUGUGAUAACUUUGAGGUCCAGGGACAUUGCACACACAAAAAAAAAACGUUUUAAAAUGGAUUUUUGCAUACAAACGUUGUUGGACUGUCCCUUCCCUCAUUCUAGCAGAUCAUUUAAUUUAUUAUUUUCCCAGCAUUUCAGAUUCCGCUAGCUGAUGUGGCCUUGAAGAGAACAUAGAGGACCUCAAACUUCGUGAGCACUAUUUUACAAAAGAAUGUUUUUCCCUUAUUUCCUAGAACAUUUUUCUCAUUUUAGAGCAGGGACAACAGUAGGAUAUCAUUGUUUUUUUUUUAUAUCAACUCAGAAUCUUUUGAGGGAACUGCAACGCUAUUUUUAUAUGUCAGGGUUAGAAAGAAUCAGCAUUAAUGAGCGCAUUUCAUACCGGAAUGAAAGUUAAAUGUACGCAGCAAUGUGUAAAACCUCCAAUUUACACUAAAAAAUAGACAAAAUUUCCAGGUAGGCAAAGCACCAUAUUGCAGUGAUUGUGAUUAAGAACAAGGCUACAAAACUUCGGUGAGGUGAAGCAGCCCUAUUACAUUGUAAACAAGCAGGCUUGUGAAUACACCGUUUUUAAUCCAAUAGAAAUACUGCU